GGCAACACACCUCGCCUUCCUCUACUCUCUCGCGCUCUCGAUGCCGCCACCCAUGGCGCUCUCCACCGCCGCCCUCAUGCCCACGCUCCCGCCCUCCCCAUCGCCCUCGCGCCUGCGGAGCUGCCUGCCCGUCGCGCCUCGCAGGGCGGCAGCUCGGGCACGCGCGGUCUCGGCUGGGUACGCCGCGGGGUUCUACGGCGGCGCGGCGUCUACGGCCACUGGUGAGGACGACGAGGUGGGGGACGAGGAGGGGUCGUCCUCGGGGUUUGGCGCCGGGCUUGGCCUCGGAGGUGGUGGGCUCGGGAUGUCGGCUGCGGAGGCGGCGCUGGCGCUGGAGGAGCGGGAGAUGCCGCCGUGCCCGCCGGGGCUGCGCCAGUACGAGACCAUGGUCGUGCUCCGCCCCGACAUGUCGGAGGAGGAGCGCCUCGCCCUCAUACAGCGCUACGAGGAGCUCCUUGUUGCAGGUGGCGCCAUGUAUGUCGAAGUGUUCAACCGAGGAGUCAUCCCGCUGGCAUAUAGCAUCAGGAAGAGGAACAGCAGGACUGGGUUACCGUCCACCUACUACGACGGCAUAUACCUCCUUGUGACAUACUUCACGAAGCCUGAAUCCCUGGAUGCUCUGCAGAUGAGGCUUAAUGCUGAUGACGAUGUCAUCCGCUCAACCAGUUUCAAGGUCCGCAAGAGGAAAGCCUUUUAAGACCAGUUUCACCUGGACUGAGCUUCAGGUUUCCAUGUUUUGGGGAAUAUGUUUAUAUCACACAAGAAUGCUACUGCCAUGGGAGGAGAUUGUUUUUUCGCUGCAAUCCUUGAGAAAAUGUGUCGCCCUCCAUGUUGAUAAUUUUAGAAGAAA